CCUUACCUUGUGCUCCGACUCGAAGCAGAAUCCUAGACGCUGAUUCCCCGCUCCAAGCACGACCGAAAGGCUUUAUAGAAAGUCUCCGUCCUAUAUGAUUUCCUACCCGUCUCGAUUACCUUUGCGCUCGUCGCUUAUUUCCAUCAUCUUGCUCCAAUUCCCCUUCGUACUCACUAUCAGCCUUACACAGUCAUUACUCGUGCAACACAAUCGGUUCCAGCGACUUCUGUCAGCCCCUUUCCCUACGCGCCGGAAGUCGGACGCAGGGAAUAAGACUAUCUCACUACCAUCGUCUCGGGUGUCUCGUAAACGCUCCGAUAGUAAUGUCACAGCUGGUGUUCCCGAGUGUCAUAAGGCAGACCUUCUCCAACUUAGCGAUAGCAGCGUGCUCAACUUGUCGAACCUUCUUCCGCUGGUGUUCAUGAUCCUUGAUGUCAAAGUUCUGGCAGGAGGUGAAAGUGAGGGCGUAUGCCUCCUGUGAGGGUGGGGCUGCACCAGUCACGUCCCGAACAUAGAUUCAUCUCCAAAGUUGCCGACGGUCGAACGAUGUUUGGUAAAUCCUUAUCACCUCAGGGUGGGUCUAGACUAAAUGUGGCGCGUCAUGAAUCUUGAGUUCCGGUGAUAGUUCUUCGAACAAAAUGCCUACUGCGGUUCGUGAAGCCGUGCGAGGUGCGGAGGAGAGGUGCGGAGGAAGAUCGAAUGUUGAGGCUGUUGAGGAUGUUUCUGCGAUGGAGAGACUGUUGAAUAUAAUCUUGAUCAGUGUCGGAGCUGAGAAGAUUUGAAUAUAUUGAGCGCCAAAUCGUGCAGAAGUUUGACAAGCAGACUUUACUUUCCG